CUCACACAUCCAUCUCCCGAGAGAGACCCCUGAACCUCACGCCGCUGCAGCUAACUGCUCGGCUCUGCCGUCUCCCAUGGCGACCCUGGAGAAGGUGCAGAUCAGCGGCGAUGGCGUCGAGACCUUCGAUGCGUUCGUGGCGGGUGAGGAAGGCAAGCCGGGCGUGGUGGUGCUGCAGGAAUGGUGGGGCGUCGACUACGAGAUCAAGAAUCACGCGCUCAGCCUCGCCGCUAAGGGCUUCCGCACUUUGAUCCCCGACCUGUACAAGGGCAAGGUGGCUCUGGAGACCGCGGAGGCGCAGCAUCUAAUGGACGGCUUGGAUUGGCCCACCGCCAUCAAGGAGAUCGGCGCCUCCGCCAAAUGGCUCCAGGCGCACGGCUCCAAGAAGGUCGGCGUGAUCGGGUUCUGCAUGGGAGGCGCUCUUUCUCUUAUGGCCGCGAUCAACGUCGACUCGGUGUCCGCAGCCGUGUCCUUCUACGGCGUGCCCGAGGCAGCUCUUAAGGAGGAUGCCAAGGCCAAGGUCCCCGUGCAGGCGCAUUUCGGCGAGCUCGACAACUUCAAGGGCUUCUCGGACGUGGAGGCCGCGCGUGCGUUGGAGAAGCGUCUCGAGGCGGCGGGCGUGCCGCAUGAGGUGCACAUCUACCCCGGUCAGGGCCACGCGUUUGUGAACGCGUCGCCAGAAGCGAGGAAGCGCAAGGAGGGGAUGGGCCUACCUGGUCACGACGAAGCAGCAGUUGAGCUGGCCUGGUCGCGGACGGUCGACUGGCUCAACAAGCACUUGUAAACCGACCCUGUCACUUGGGGGAGCGGGGAGUGGGGGGGGUUGGGGGGGGGGGAUAGGGGGGUGUGGGAAGGAAGCGCAAGGGGGGGAUGGGCCUACCUGGUCACGACGAGGCGGCGGUGGAGCUGGCUUGGUCGCGGACGGUCGACUGGCUCAACAAGCACCUGUAGAGCGUCUUAAGGAGGGGAAGGGGAGGAGGGGGGAGAUCUGGGAGAGAAGCUAAUCCAUCCUCUGCAGCAGGGUGUCGCUGGAGUGGAGGAGUGGGGGAGUGGGGUAGUUGGGGAGUGGGGGAGUGGUGGUGGAGUGGGGGAGUGGUGGUGGAGUGGAGCUGGCAAGUAGCUGUAAAUAGUUGGAUGGCAGGCUUUUUCUUCUUUCACUUUAGGUGUUUCCGAUGUGAGCUGAGUUGACUCCUCCCGUGUUGACAUGGUAGCAGAGGGAGGAGGAGAAGCAGACAGAAUUUACCGACAGGAGGGGCAGCGGGCCCGGCGAAGGACCACACUCGGCCAAUCCCUUCAAAAGCAGUGAGGGGUGCUAGCGGGCGGCGGCCACACUUUUGGCCUGCCCCUCAUCCCAUGUGUGACUCUAACGAGUUGCACAGUCACCUGCUGAGCUGCUAUCAUGAGUGCCGUGCGAAAGUCCCCGACCGACCUGGCAGAAAGUGCCCGCCCGUAAGGGCAGAACCCCCCACCUUCCCUCCCCUGACAGCUGCUUCUGUGGCUGUGGGCUGAGACGGGCAGCUGUGGAAAUUUUCGUGGCUGCCCUGAGCCCUGCUGCUGGCUGUAUGGCCGGUGCCAGGGGCAGGAGUGGGAGGAAAGACGGUGCAGCACAGGCAUGUGGUCAGUGGGGCUAUCACCCACCAACAGAACGGGGCUUACUCUUGCCGUGUCCGCUUCCCCUUCCUGUUUCCUACUCUGACUAUUUUAUUGAAAUGAAGAAAAUGGUUGUUGCAAAUUGACUUGCAGGUUCA